CUGGGAUCUCUCCUCAUCUAACUGGGAGGACUGGUGCCUGGAUUCGACACUGGGAAUGGAGGGAGGGAGGAGUGUUUUGGGAGAGGAGGAGUGUUUGGGACAGUCGGAGUGAAGUUAGAGAAGCUGCACACAAUUUUGACAGAUUGGAGGAAGACAGAAGCUGCUUGACGUUAGAAAAACAAUUUAUCUAUUAAAAACCUUUUAAUAGUUUAAUUUUAAAUUAUUUAUUUAUUAUUUCUCGACACCUUUUUCAGUUUCCAGUGUGUCCGUUUACAUAUUUUAGCUUUUUUUUGUUAGUUUUUAAUUUUUUUUGUGAGUGUGAACGAUGGAGCUGGAACAUUUACGGGGUGGGGGGGUUAAACCUGAGAGCAGCACCAAUCGCCUCUACAAGAUUGCUCUGGCCAUGUCAGUGUGCGUCUGUGCUGCUUUUCUGCUCGCUCUCAUAGUGGUCUCUCAAAAAUCCAGUCAAGAGGAGUUUUGUCUUUCCCCAGAAUGCAUCGAAGCAGCCGGGUCCAUCCUGAGUAAGUUGGACCGGUCAGUGGACCCCUGUGACGACUUCUACACGUUCUCCUGCGGCGGCUGGUUGAAGGAAAACACGAUUCCUGAAGACUCAUCGUCACACGGCAUCUACCCCUGGCUGAGGCAGCAUGUCGACAUCCGACUGAAAGAGCUGUUAGAAUCUCCUUCGGAUGCAAAAGAGCUGCAGGCCGUGACCAAAGCCAAGAUCCUGUACCGCUCCUGCAUGAAUGAAAGCAUACUGGAGGAACUGGACGCCAGACCGAUGCUGAAAAUGCUCCGACAGCCUGAGUUUCGAUGGCCGGUGUUGGGGGAGGGACUUGGCCGGGAGUACCAGUGGUCUCAGAGUCAGUGGAGUCUCCUGAAGACGCUGGCGGAGAUGAGGAACCAGCACAGCAAGAGCGUCCUGAUCCGCCUCUAUGUCUCCCCUGACGACAAAAACUCCUCCUACUACGUCAUCAAGCUCGAUCAGGCGUCCUUGUCUCUUUCUUCUAGAGAGGAUUACACCACAAACACUUCCUCUGCUCUCGGGAAUCGCGCUGCGUUGCUGAGUCUGAUGGUGGACGCAGCCGUCAUGCUGGGCGCCCCAAAGCAAGCGGCGCAGACCCAGAUGGAAGAGGCUCUGGACUUCGAGACCAAAAUUGCUCAUAUCCUGAUUCCCUAUGAAAAUCGCACCAGUGAGAACAUGUACAACAAAUACACCCUGUCUCGGUUGCAGCGCUCCAUGCCACAGUUUGAUUGGCUUGGUUUUGUGAAAGCUGUGGUGGAGUCUAAAGAUGAUCCAAGCCUUUCCAUUUCCUCCUCUGAGCCCGUCAUCGUCAGAACCCCAAAGUAUUUCAAGGAUCUCAUGAAGCUCAUCAACAGCACAGACUCCAGGACGGUAGCUAACUACAUCCAGUGGAGGACGGUGUUUUCUAAGAUCACCACUCUGAGUCGCCGUUUCCUCUACAGAUACCUCGACUUCGCUCGGGUCACCACAGGAACUACGUCUCUGACUCCACGCUGGGAUAAGUGCGUUAACUACGUGGAGAACUCCCUGGUUUACGCCACCGGCCGGCUAUUUGUCGACAAACACUUCCAGGAGGACAAGAAGCUAAUGAUGGAAGAGCUAAUUGAGGGGAUUCGGUGGGCUUUCAUCGACAUGCUGGAGAAGGAAAAUGAUUGGAUGGACCAACAAACAAAAAAGAGAGCCAUAGAAAAGGCUCACGCAGUCCUGCCUAAGGUUGGGUAUCCAGAGUUUAUUUUGAAUGAUACGUACCUCACAGAAGACUUAGAACAGUUAGAGUUUGAUGAAAAGGAUUACUAUGGCAAUGUAAUGCAGACGCUGAAGUUCAUCGCCCAAUCAGACGUCUCCUGGCUUCGAAGGAGCGUCCCACGCACAGAAUGGUUUACAAACCCAACCACCGUGAACGCCUUCUACAGUUCGUCCACAAAUCAAAUCAGAUUCCCUGCUGGAGAGCUUCAAAAACCUUUCUUCUGGGGAAAGGAGUAUCCAAGGUCAUUAAGUUACGGUGCCAUCGGGGUGAUAGUGGGACACGAGCUAACUCACGGCUUCGAUAACAACGGCCGCAAAUAUGACAAAAAUGGUAAUCUGGACCAGUGGUGGAGUCAGACAUCUGUAACGGCCUUUACCGAGAAGACCCAGUGUAUGAUUGAUCAGUAUAAUGAAUACUACUGGGAAGAAGCAGGUCUAAAUGUGCGUGGUAAGAGGACCUUAGCAGAAAACAUAGCAGACAACGGGGGAAUCAGAGAGGCAUUCAAGGCCUACAGGCGGUGGGUGGACAGCAGCAGAGGCGGCGUGGAGGAGCCUCUGCUGCCAGGACUGGAACUGAACAACAAUCAGCUGUUUUUCUUGAGCUACGCACAUGUUAGAUGUAACUCAUACAGACCAGAAGCAGCCAGAGAGCAGAUCCAGAGUGGAGCUCACAGUCCUCCCAAAUACAGAGUCAUCGGCGCAAUGAGCAACUACCAAGAAUUUUGGAAGGCAUUCAGCUGUCCCCAGUCAUCGACAAUGAACCGAGGAGCGCAGUCCUGCCGCGUGUGGUGACCUUUGACCUCAUUCUCAAGCCCUGGACCAGGACAGAGCUGUCAGCUGGAAAACGGUGGUAAUAUCCGACAGUGUGUAAAUGUUUUACACAAAGAGGGAACAACGAAAAAGUGAGUUGUUUGUUUGAGUGAAGAAGCUGAACGUGUCUUUUUACGAGCCACACUAAGAAAAACUAAAUUAAAUUAUGAGAAUAAAGUUAUAAGAAUACAAGUAUAAAAUUGUACCAGAAUAUUGCCGAGUAAAAUCCAAGUAAUACGAGAAUAAGAUAAUAUUAUCACGAGAAUAAAGUUGAAAUAAUACGACAGUAAAGUUGUAGUAUUCUGUGAAAAAAAUUUAUUCUCGUAAUAUUAUGAUCUUAUUCUCGUUAUUACAUUUUUUUCUUAGUGUAGCCGUAAUUGCACGUUGUAGCUUUUGUAUAAAAAUGGAAACAUUUCAAUAGUGCAGCCAUUUUUAAACAGGUAGGAAUAUCUUUUGUUCUGUGUUUUAUUUCUAAAAUCCUAAAUGAAUUUUUCUGUAAGCGACCACCAUUUAGGGAUUAUACUUUAAAUUUAUCAAUAUUGAUCAACUACUCUAUAUAUUAGUGUAGAUAUUCAAUGUCUUUAACUUUUAUAUUAAUUAAAUACACAUUCCAGUCACAACUGGAGGAAGAGGCUUAUCUUAUAAGAUCAGAAACACUGUAAACCAAAAUCAGUUCAUGUUUGAGCCUAAAUAUUUUCUCUUUCUUUAUGUGAAUACUAAACACUGAAACAAUAAAAGACUUGCUGGAAUAUUUUUAAAACUUAACACUGUUAAAAAAUCAGAAACAAGUUUUGUUUUACUGUGCAGGGCCAAAAAUGACUUUGGUGUAAAAUUUUAUCUUUACUCCUUUUUUUAUUUACAGUGGCCAUAAUAAACCCUUGUUUGAACAUCUUCAAUUGAAAACCCCAAAACACAUCAUUUUAUAUCCGUUACAAACCAUUUUAAUUGGUACAAUUAUAUAUUUUAAACAGAAACUAUUUAAUUUUUUAUUUUACUUUGUUGUUCUGAAAGGAAACCAAAACAUUCAAGGUUUUAUUGUACAGUGUAAUCAGUUUUAUUAUGGAAAGCUCUAAUAUAUUUAUCACCAUGGUGAUCAUCUGCUGGGUCUUGUUAUGUUUCUGAAACUUACUGUGAAAAUGUUUCUACAAUGUAAGUUUAUGUAUCGUGUUCAUGUUCCUUUUUUAUUUCCUCCUUUUUCUUGUUUCUGGUUAAAAUAAAACCGCGGGACACCAUGA